AUGAUUCAGUCUAUGUUCCUGGCCCAGAUCAGGGCCUGGAUCCAAAUCCGCAACUUCCUAGCCCGACAGUGCUUGGCUGAAUUUCUGGGUGUCUUUGUACUCAUAAGGGGGGCAGUGGCUCAGGCUGUUACCAGUGAAGAAACCAAAGGCAACUUCUUCACCAUGUUCCUGGAAGGCACCCUGGCUGUGGUGGUGGCCCUCUAUGUGGAAGGCAAUGUCCUUGGGGCCCACCUGAAUCCUGCCUUCUCCUUGUCCAUGUGCCUCAUGGGUUGUCUACCUUGGGCCAAACUUCCCAUCUACAUACUGGUACAGCUGCUUUCUGCCUUCUCUGCUUCAGGAGUAACCUAUGUCCUCUAUUUAGAUGCUCUGCAGAACUAUAAUGGUGGAAACCUGACAGUGACAGGCCCCAAAGAGACAGCCUCUAUCUUUGCCACCUACCUAGCCCCUUAUCUGUCCCUGGGAAAUGGCUUCCUGGACCAGGGGGGAGUUCUAGGCACUGCUAUGCUGAUUGUGGGCAUCUUUGCCAUCACAGACACCAAGAAUAAGGGGGUACCUGCGGAACUGAAGCCAGUGACAGUUAGGCUGCUGAUUCUGGCCAUUGGCCUCUCCAUGCUUGUCAACUGUGGUUUACCACUUAACCCUCCUUGAGACUUCGGACCUCAGCUCUUCACCUAUGUGGCUGGCUGGGGACCUGAGGUGUUCCCUACCCCCAGUAUUUCCCUUUUUUACUAUUAA